AUGAAUGUGAUAGAGAUUCUAUCAUCUUCAACGGGGAAACCUUCGGAUCCCAUAACAGGGGAAAGUGAUGAUCGCGAGGUCAUUUCAAUCGGCGAUAGCACCACUGAAGAAGUGGAACAGCUCACGAAAUGGAGAUCAAUGGCGUCUUCUCCAUUGAAAAAGGUUGUUUUAAUAUCAGAUGAUUUCGACGAGGGUAAUUGGGACAGGAGUCACCAGUUCAGUACACCUCCAAAGAGCACAGACUCUCCUCUCAAAAGCCAUGUGGUGCGACAAAGCACGAGUCCACCAAAGUAUUCUUUCGACCAAGGGCCAAGCUUUGGUCAUAUUUUUUCAUCUGACGAUAUUUCACAUGGAAGCAUCGAGGUGGUACAAGCCAGUAACGAAUCGGCUGAGGAGACGAAUACCAACCCUUCGAAGCCGAAUGAAGAAAGAAUUUUCACCACAUCAGAUCGUCUCAGUGAAAGAAUUCUGGAGCAUUCCAAACUCUUCUUGUCUUCAGAUGAUGUCGAUAUUGUAUCUGAUGAUUUGCCCAUGUCUGUGGGACGGUCCCCUUCUUCGGAGAUCACUCACUCUAGUUGUUCAUCCUUGCAUCAUCAAAUUCAAAACAGCACCCCUACCCACCAGGCCAGUGCUAUCGUGAGAGAUAAACCCACUGCUGAAAAUCCCACAUUGUACACAAUUGAUCCAGAGUUGGAAGAACUGCUCAAUAUUGCAAAGGAGAAACAUCCUAAGAGACUCAAACAGGUUAACCGUGUUCAUAGACCCAAAGAGGAGCUUCUCGAGGAGAUGACGAUUCUUGUGAGCUCUGCUCUUUCCCAGACAUUUGACGAAUCAAGGUAUGAGAGCUUGUUUGGACCUAUAAGAGCUACUGGCUACAACUCUACCGAACCAUGUCUGCGAUGGAGACGCCAUGCAGAGGCCUUAUAUUAUCCCUACAGAGACAUGUUUGUGCCUUGUGAUCUAAAGGUGAUACACGAGAAGUUUGUUGCUUUGGUCUACAAGACGGAGGAUUUAAUUCCAGAACUGGAAGAAGAGGGCUUCAUAGACUUGCUGAAGAAAUAUGGAACCAACUGCAUUCUUGUGCUAAUUGGAUUUGACAGUUUCAUGCAGAAGAUCAAAACGGCUCAAAAUCGAAACUUCGUGGAGAAGGUGCGAUCCCAUUUGGAUUCGGACUCACAGCCAUCAAAAAGUUCAAAGCGCCGCAAAAAGGAUGAUAUAAAUAUUGCCGAGUACAACGCCGAGCAGAUACGCAAGACCUUGAUUGGUUACGAAGUGAAAUACGGUAUACAUGUGUUUCCUACAAAAGGCGAACAGGAUACCGCUUCUUGGAUACGAUCGUUUUCGUAUACGGUUGCUGGAAGCAUAUACGAUAAGGCUCACAGAAGACCAGAUAACUCCAAUAUUGGGCCUGUCAAAUCCGGUACCACCACCAAAGAAUGUGUGGCCAAGUCCUUGGAGCAAAUAAAGAAUCUGACAGGUAGUACUUCGGAAACUGUUGCGGAGCACUAUUCCAGUAUGGCCGAGCUCGUGAAGCUAGCCCGGAGAACGGGAGCAAUUGCAUCGCCGGAUGGAGAGAAGUUGCUGCGCAGUGAUACGGAAAAGAUGUUGCUUGCUUGCCUUACUUCGAGGAAUCCUACAGACUUUGUCUCAUGA